CAUACACUGUGCUUGUUAUUUACUAUACACAAUCAGUUAUCUGAUCAUUCCUUCUUAUCAGACAUGGAGUCCAGACUGAUUGUGGUGGUUGUGUUUGUCUGCGCUGUUUGUCAUUUGACUGGAGCCCAGCUGUUCCCAGUAACAGCACUUAAUACCAACAUCACUAAUACCAAGUGUGGCACCUCUAAGCUGUGUGUGUCGAGUGUAACUGGCUGCGAUCCUGCAGGAAACUCCAGCUGUUAUUUCAGCUCUACUCAGGUCAGUAAUGGAGUACUGACUGUGGAAAUCUCCGGCACGACCUCAGGAUACGUGGCGUUGGGACUCACUCCAACUACUUCACAAACCCAGAUACUAACUCAGGGACCUGUGGUGUUUGUCUGCGGAAACAACAACAGCGCCGCCUUCUUUGAAACAGCUAAUCUAAGCAGCUCAGUGUUGACUCCCACUAGUGUGAAUAUAAAUAUAGGUAAUGUUUAUGGUUCAGUAACAGAAAACCAGAGCCUCAAUCAGAGUCUUAUUCAGUGCACCUUCAACAUCAACCUCAAUUCCACCUUCCUCAAUAAUACCUUCCGCAAAUCCAGCCUUGUUACCCUCCUCAAUUCCACCGUCCUAAAUUCUGACCUUCUCAAUUCCACCCCCCUUACCCUCCUCAAUUCCACACUCCUUAAUUCCACACUCCUCAAUUCCAGCCCCUUUAAUUCCACCAUCCUUCCCUUCCUCAAUUCCAACGUUGUCAUUUCCACCCUUGUCAAUUCCACCCUCCUUGCUCUUGUCAAUUCCAAUCAACUCAAUUCCUCAGUUCUGACUUCCUCCCUUCUUAGUCUUCUUAACUUUGUUACUCUCAAUUCCAACGACCUCAGUUCCACCCUCUUCACUGUGUUCAGUUCCACUCCUCUUAAUUCCGACCUCCGCCCCUUCCUCAAUAACAACCUUUUUAACUCUACUCUCCUAAAUUCCAGCUCUACACAAUCCACCCUUCUCAAUAUCCUCAGUUUUUUCUUCCAAAAUUCCCCCUUCUCCACUUUCCCCCUCCUGACCCUCCUGAACUCCACCCUCCUCAGUGUUCCUGCUCAGCUGCCUUUCAACAUCACCAUUCUUAAUGGAACCACAAAAGGAACACAACUGGGAAAUGCAUCUACAGUAUUCACCUCCAGUGGACCAUUGGACCUGGCGAAUCCAAGAAGCAAUGUUCCAGUGCCGCUCAACAUCACUCGUAACGGUUGUAGCAGCACUAAGCUGUGUUUGUCGAGUGCGUCUAACUGCGAUCCAGCAGGAAACGGCAGCUGCUUUUUCACCUCAGUUCGACUGACAAACCAAGCGUUCUUCUUUGAACUCAGCGGCACGACGUCUGGAUACGUCGCACUGGCACUCACUAAAAAUGGAGUUACCUAUGUAUUCGCCUGCGGGAAUAACAGCAACACUUUCUUCUUUCAAACGGAUACUCAGAAUGGCACCACUUUGACCCCUGCUAAUGUGAUGACAGUAUACAAUAAUGUGGGUGUAGUAUUACAAAACCAGACUCUUAUUCAGUGUCUCUUCAACACCACCACCAAUUUCACCACCAACAUCAGCCCCAAAACAGCUACAACCACCUAUAAAGUCACAAUCCUGAACGGAACCACCAGUGGAACUCAGCUGGGCCCUGCAAAUGUGUUAUAUGACAGCCAAACAGCACUAGACCUGACUGUUACUAAUCCCCAGGCUUCACGCUGCAGCACCCUAAUCACCAGCUUCUGCACUAACGUGUUGGCUGUGCUGCUCAGCGCUUUGACUCUCCACCUCGUAUAAAAAACUGUAACAUUUAAUAUAUUUCUCAAAGCCGAUAAACGUGCAUUAGAGUAAAAUGCUGAUUAGUGCAUGUGUGUUUGUACUGUACAUGUAUGAAGCUAUAUAUAUUUGGCUGAACAUGAAAACUGAUAUGUAAAUGUCAUCAUUUAUUAAGAAAUUAUGUAUAAUUUUAUGUAUAACAUUUUGAUCAUACAGCAAAUUAAUUGGAUAAAAUCUACAUAAUUUUAGUUUGAUUAU